AUGGCGCACUUCCUUCGCGGCAAGCAGGCCGGCAUUCAGAAUGAUCUCUCUGUUGGUGUUAGUCCAGAGUCCUUCAUGCUAGACGACUUUGCUCGCUAUGGUAUUAAUUCCCAGAUCUCUGUGCUCGCCUAUGACCCGGUCCAGUCCCUCCUCGCUGUCGGCACCAAUGAAUCUCAAUUCGGCCCGGGUCUUGUCUAUGUCUUCGGCCAGAAGCGAGUCUGUAUAACCUUCACUCCUCCCCGACCGUCGUCUAUUCGAGCCAUCCAAUUCUGCGCCGACAAGCUCAUUGUGCUCGACAGCAAGAAUGAUGUCAGUGUCUUCAGCCUUGACACGAAGCGUACGCUGGCCAACUAUUCCCCUCCCGGUCAGGUCGUUUCUAUCCUCUCAGACCCCAGUCUAGACUACUGUUUCUCCGGCUUGCAAAGUGGGGAAAUUGUGGCAUUUGACCUGGACCGAGAGAAUCAAACACCCUUCAAAAUCCCCAACCUGUGGCGUGAGCGAAACCCCCGAGCACGGAUUCUCCCAAUCGUGUCGAUGCAGUUCCACCCCAAGGACAUAGGCACAUUGCUUAUCGGCUAUUCCGAAGGCGCCGUCAUCUAUUCUUUCAAACAAAACAAGGCAACCAAGUUCUUCCACUACGAGCUUCCGCCAGGAGCUCGAGGAGGAGACGGAGGUCCCACAAACGGCAACUCCGUACGGCAUCCUCGAUUGACACAUGCUAUUUGGCAUCCAACCGGCACCUUCGUGUUGACGGCCCAUGACGACUCGAGCUUGGUAUUCUGGGACCCACGAGAUGGCAGGGUUAUUCACGCAAGGACAAUUGAAGACACAGACGUCAACGUGCCUGGGGCUGGACCGCCGAGAGACGUCCCCAGGAGCCCUCUCAGCCCAGUGAGUCCGGGAUUUGGUACGGUGAAAGAGCCGUAUUUCCACAUUGCGUGGUGUUCGAAAUUGAAUCCGGAUGACACUGGCUUGCUUCUGGCGGGCGGCUCACCAACCACCAACCCCACAAGAGGUCUGACGUUCAUCGAACUGGGUCCCACGCCGAACUACCAAACAUCAACCUGGGAUUUCCUGGCAAGUCACUUUCGCAACCCCAAACGGAUACAUGUCCUUUCAACACCACCCAAUGCCGCGAUUAGCACAUUUCUUCUGGUUCCUCGUUCGUCUCCGCAUUUCGCUGGCUCCCACGAUCCGAUAGCAGUCAUGGCCGUAUUGUCAUCCGGUGAAGUAAUCACGUUGAGCUUUCCCACCGGACAUCCUAUCACACCCAGCAACCAACUACACGUCUCGUUAUCAUUUGUACAUCCGUUCGUAACCAAAAUCGCGCUCGCAUUCGUCGACCGAACUAGAUGGCUCGGCAUGCGCGAAGUUCGCCAGCAUGGUCCGCAUUUUUUGAUCGGCGGUGCUGAAGGUAUCAAGCCUCUCAAGAGACAUGAAAACAGAAACAUUGUUCAAGCGGCCCACGCCGAUGGGACGAUUCGAUUAUGGGAUGCUGGACAUGGCGACGUCAUCGAGAACCCCAGUGUCCUCCAAGUUGAUCUCGGAAAAGCAGUCGGUCGGUGGGAUAAGCUAGACGUGGCCCAGAUGAGUAUGUCUGGUGCGACAGGAGAACUUUCGGUAGGAUUGAUAUCUGGCGAACUUGUGGUUUUUCGGCUCAACCGCAAUCAAUUCUUCGGCCAUCCUCCAUCUGAACCAGUCCCGAAUGAAGGACCCGGCAAAAUACAAGACAUCAGCAAACGAGCAGAUCCGGGCUUGAAAGAAGGUCUCCUACCUUUGGCGAUGACGAAUGACCAGCAAGGCCCCAUCACCGCUCUACGACAUUCAGAUGUUGGGUUCGUAGCCGCUGGUUAUGCCGGGGGCGGCGUGACCAUCGUCGAUUUACGUGGUCCAGCUAUCAUCCACACGUCUCUGCUCAAUGAAAUGGUCGGCGGCAAACAUCGGAGAGGAAGCAUUCGGCGAAGUGCACCUGCCACCCAAUCGACAGAAUACGCAACAACGAUGGAAUUCGGUAUCUUAACCCUGGAUGGUGACGACUAUUCCUCCCUUGCCUUGUUUGUCGGCACGUCUCGUGGUCGAGUCGCCACAUUCAAGAUUCUCCCCUCUCAAUCCGGGCGCUAUUCCGCACAGUUCACAGGGGUGGCACAAAUAUCAGACGAUCGAGUCAUCUCCUUGCGUCCAAUUGAUGCCCACACAGGCGCCCCUGCAGCCGCAACAGGUCAUGCUAUGGGAGGCUUACAGUCCGGCCAAAAAGUUGAUGGCGUCCUUGUAGCCGUCACGGUCUCAUCUGUGCACAUCUUCCGUCCAGCGUCUGCCAAAGGUGCCUCCAAAACUUUCGACCACUACCUGUGCGAUUCCGCCACAGUAGCCCGCUACGAAGAACGUGGUUAUGCUGUCGUCGGCUUAUUUGGCGAUGGUGCCGCCCGAGCAUUCUCGAUCCCGGCUCUGAAGGAAAUUGCAAGUAUCCGCGUCAACCAUCUUCUCGACACCAAACGCUUCGGCGACGCGAUCGUCUCUCCCACCGGUGAUAUCCUGGGCUGGGCAGGUCCUAGCGAACUCGCCAUGGUUAAUGUCUUCGGCUGCGGUAUGUCCCUCCCACCCAGCACUGAUCGCCUCUAUGACGCCGCCAAAAUGGUGCCCAGUCGGCCUACAAUCAGCAACCUCCAAUGGAUUGCUGGAACGCAGUACAUCACCCCUUCAGAUAUGGAUAUUCUCAUUGGCGGUCCCGACCGACCACCUUCUAAGCGAAUGUUGGCGGAAUUGCGGGCCGCGCAGGAGGCAGAGUUUCAACGACAACGGGAAGCCGCGCGGACAGGACGCGCGCCCAAGCCAGAUCAAUCUCAAGAGACGUACUGGGCGUACAUGCAGCGGCAGAUUCAGGAACGAACGGAGAAUCUGGGACUGGCGGGGGAUAGUCUCGACAGAGCAGCCGAGUCCAGUAGCUCUUGGAGCGAUGAUGUAAACAAGUUCGUGGCGAAGCAGAAGAGAGCGGCGGCGUUGGGGUUUAUUGGUUCCAAGCUUGGAUUCUAA